AUUUUGCUCUUUUACAUUGGUAUACGUGCGCGUGACGUGGUUGGCAAUCGCGACUUGCUACAUUCCUCGCUGAGUGGCUGCGUGUCUCCUGCAAUCUCACUGGUUCACUCGCUGACCAACCAAUUUCUCAAACUCGCCUCAAUCACAGAGAAUUAGUCCAGAUGGAUGGAAAUCAUGAUACAAGUGAUGAGGCUUAUCUGAGUGGUGGAAAUGCUUAUGUUGUUGAAGAUACUGAUGAAGCAAUUGUAUCUGGUGAUGGUGAUGAUGAGAAGAGUAACUCACCGUUAAGAGAGCAGGACCGCUUCCUGCCCAUUGCUAAUGUGGCAAGGAUAAUGAAGAAGGCUAUACCAGCUUCAGGAAAGAUUGCAAAAGAUGCAAAGGAGUGCGUGCAGGAAUGUGUUUCUGAAUUCAUCAGUUUUAUAACCAGCGAAGCUAGUGAACGCUGUCAUCAAGAAAAACGAAAAACGAUCAAUGGAGAGGACAUUUUGUUUGCUAUGUCAACACUUGGGUUUGACAACUAUGUUGAGCCACUCAAGUUAUAUCUACAAAAAUAUAGAGAGAGUGCAAAGGGGGAGAAAACUGCAGCUGGGGUUGGCGGUGAUGGAUUAGGAGAAAUUGGAGAGGAUGUCAUCGGACAUAGUCUAAGUGGGAGUGCUAUCCUGACUGACCAGACAGGGCAGCAGAAUGUUAUCUACACAUCAUUUGCUCCUGGACAGAUAUCCCAAUUCACAUGAGCAAUUAUUCAUGAGAGCAAAUGGCUGAAUAUGGACAGUGAAUCUGGCCAAGUGUGAUGGUGCAUCUGUAACCACUGGGUUUUCUAGCCAUCCACACCUCAGCCUCAAGAACAAAGUACACUGCACAGAUCAGCGUCCAGGUCCACUAAAGUCUGAAUAAGUUGACUGUUGUAUGAACACUGUAUACUUAAAAUUCACCAUUUGCAGUUCUGUUCUAUUCUGAAAAGGUUUGCAAGUUUUUCUGAAUGUGGAUGACAUCAGCAUGCAUGCUUCCAUUUUAUCAUUUGCUUCCUUAUUAUGAAAAGAUCCAGCAGAAAGAUAAAUGAUGCUGGACUGGGGGAUGUUUACUUGAAUGCUUAAAGUGCUUAUGGUUUUUCAAUGGAUAGAAGUUUUUAAACUAUGGGAGUUUGAGGGAUUACUUGAAGCAGUUACAGUUUUCACAUCCUUUGACAAAAAUAGUUUGAAACAAAGAAUCAACCUCCCUUGAACACUUUUAAGGGCUAUUCUCAUGUUGCAAUGUACCACACUUUGUGGGGUUUGCGUGCCUUGCACAAGACCCUCGAAACUUUGUGCAUGGCUUGCAAGGGGUCUUGAAGCAAGGUUUUCAUGGAUAGGAAGGGGUUCUAUUCUUCGCAAGGCAUGACCGACAUUGCAUGGCUGCAGCCAAUCAGAAUACUCAAACAUAGAGGCUCCCUUUUACCUCCAAACUACAAGGUGAAAAAGCCAAGGAGGUCUAUGGCAAAAUGUUUCAUGUUAAAAUCACUGGGAUAAUAAUAUGUAUGCUUAACCAAGCCCUCACUGCCUCACCUACAUUUGUAUUUUCCUCUCUCUCUUAAUAUGACUAAGGUAACUGCAUCAGUUACUGAAAGUAUCUUUUCAUCAAUGUUGUCUUCUGUAUUGCUAACUACCCAUGCUUCUCCUACGGAUGAUGUCACCUUGCAAGCCAUUUGUGAGUGGCUUUGCUGCAUGAGAGGAGAAUGUUGCAAAGCUAGAUUUCAAGUGAAAUCUUGCAUAUGCAAACCUUGAAAACAUUGCAACGUGAGAAUAUCCCUUUAUAGAGACUUUUCUGUUCUGCUUACAAAAAAGCAUUUUCAAACCUCUGUUGUUCCAUCUGUUUGUUGUUUCUAAUCACUUACAGAAAUUGCUGAACUGUAAGCAAAUUCAUGGUUUAUCCAACAUGCAGUUUUUCUGGGAGAAGGGUAGGGGGGAAUAUUGAAAGUUUGAUGUUAGAAGAUUGAGUUGUCUUGGGAGGGAAAAAUAAUGCUAAUGAAUAUGGGUUGGAUGUGUAAGGAUCAGUUGAAUGAUAAAUGCAUAGCAUUGCUAACAGUGCUGUCAUUCGAAAUGAUUUGACAAAGAUGUGUAUCACUAUGUUUUUCAUGUGUAAGCAGAGGUGCCUGUGUAAGGUUUGAGAAUGUUAAGUGUUCUCUCAGAAAUUGGUGUUUGGAACAUGAGCAUACUGUGAGUGUAGAUUGUGGAAUCUGGAGGCUUGUUGAUUUUGCAUAUAGCAUGAAAAUGAGGAACCUUUUGUAUUGGAACACUUGUUUUCAUAUCCUUCAUACUUUUUACACUUACUGAAUGUUUUUCGGUAAACAAAUACACUUUGAAAACUGC